AUGUCUGAACAGCAAGGAAAAGCAGCUGAUUCUUUUAAAAGUUUAAUGACUGUUUCUGAUAAAGCUCAAAUUUCUUCUUACCAAGUCUCAGAACUGAUCACACAAAAUAUGAAAGCUCAUACUUUGGGUAAGUCACUUAUUUUGCCUGCUUGCCAAAAGAUUGUCAGUACGAUGUUAGGAAAUGAAGCAGCUAUGAAAAUAAGCAAGAUACCUCUGUCCAAUGAUACUGUUAACAAACGUAUUUUGGAAAUGUCUUCUGAUAUUGAGAAAAAUGUAUGUGGUAAUAAACUCCAGUGUUCUGAUUUUGCACAGCAAGUUGACGAGUCAACCGACAUUACCAACAAGGCGCAACUCAUAGCAUUCAUUCAUUUCAUUUACGAAAAUCAAAUAACAAAUCAGUUUCUUUUUUGCAAAGAAUUAAGUCUGACUACAAAAUGUGAGGACGUUUUUAACAUCCUGAAUAACUACCUUGAUAAAUGGCAGUUAUCGUGGAAAUCAUGUGUAGGCAUUUGCACAGAUGGAGCUCCUUCUAUCAUAGGCUGCAACAAGGGUCUUGCAUCUUUUAUAAAGGAACAAAACAAGAACGUUAUUGUAACUUAUUGCUUCCUUCAUAGAGGCCUUGAUGUCAAGAACAUUAGGAGAGGAUUAUUGUAA